GCGCUGGGGCGAGGGCUUGCAAUUUGAGUUUGAGUUUUGUGAAGAUGCCAAGUGAUUCUCAUUAACAACAAUUGAUCCUUCGUCUUACCAGUCCUACCCAACCUCUCUCUCUCUCUCUCUCUCUCUCUCUCCCCUACCUAUUGCCCCUCUAUCCUAAAGGAAACAGAUUUGUUCCAAAAAGCCGGCAUAUCCUGCCAAAGAGUCCCACACGCAUGCAUUUACGCCCCCAGCAGAACCCUGCAACUUAGGAGUAAACUACAUCUCUCUUGCACAUUAUAAAACUUGUAUGUAUCUUACCUAAAGGUAUAUCUGAGCUGUGCACCUAAUUAUAGUAAGUUCCCUUUCGUUAACAAAAGCCACCCAGAAUUCACGUGCCCUCUCCCAACAGAAUUCUUUUCAAUUUGAAAUUCCUGACCCAUACCCUUUUUCAGUAUUUGCUUUUCUUGGAGUUCCAUUGGAAGAGUGUAUAAAAGGUCUCUGGGUAUUCAGUUUUUCAUCGAGAAUCUUGGGAAUUCAAGUGAGAGAUCAAAUGGGUGUGUGGUGGUUUUGUGGGUUGUUCGUUGGGUGCUUGGUUUUUGGUGUGAAUGGGUACCCGAAGGAAGAUCUGGUGGAGAGUUUGCCUGGGCAGCCUAAUGUUGGGUUUAGGCAGUAUGCUGGGUACGUGGAUGUGGACUUGAAGAAUGGGAGGAGUUUGUUUUACUACUUUGUUGAAGCUGAAAAGGACCCCGAUCAUAUGCCCCUCACUCUCUGGCUCAAUGGAGGCCCAGGUUGCUCCUCAAUUGGUGGGGGUGCCUUUACAGAGUUGGGACCUUUCUAUCCGAAAGGCGAUGGCAGGGGCCUCAGAAGGAAUUCAAUGUCAUGGAAUAGAGCAUCAAAUCUGCUUUUUGUCGAGUCUCCAGCUGGUGUAGGUUGGUCAUACUCCAAUACUACUUCUGAUUAUGACUGCGGUGAUGACUCCACAGCCAGGGACAUGCUCACGUUCAUGUUGAAAUGGUAUGAGAAGUUUCCCGAGUUCAAAUCCAGGGAUUUGUUUCUGACAGGAGAAAGCUAUGCUGGGCAUUACAUACCACAAUUGGCUGUUGUCCUUCUUGACCAUAAUGCACAUUCCACUGGCUUUAAGUUCAACAUGAAAGGCGUUGCUAUUGGGAAUCCACUUCUAAAACUUGAUCGGGAUAUUCCGGCAACUUAUGAGUUUUUCUGGUCACAUGGAAUGAUUUCUGACGAAAUUGGCCUUGCCAUCAUGAACGACUGUGAUUUUGAGGAUUAUACCUAUGCUAGUCCGCACAAUGCCACCGAUUCGUGUAACAAUGCUAUAGAGGAAGCAAACAGUAUUGUAGGUGAUUACAUUAACAAUUAUGAUGUGAUCCUUGAUGUUUGUUACCCUUCUUUGGUACAACAAGAGCUGCGGUUGAGGAAAUUGGCUACCAAGAUUAGUGUUGGAGUUGAUGUGUGCAUGAGCUAUGAAAGGCGCUUCUAUUUCAAUCUUCCUGAGGUUCAGAAGGCUCUUCAUGCCAAUAGGACCAAACUACCAUAUAGCUGGUCUAUGUGCAGCAAUGUUCUGAACUACAGCAACGAUGAUGGUAACAUCAACAUGCUGCCUUUGCUUAAAAGGAUAAUCCAAAACCACAUCCCUGUUUGGAUUUUCAGUGGGGAUCAAGAUUCUGUGGUGCCAUUACUCGGCUCACGGACACUAGUUCGCGAACUAGCUCACGAUCUACAUUUCAAGGUUACAGUCCCAUAUGGAGCUUGGUUUCACAAACAGCAGGUGGGAGGUUGGGUGACUGAGUAUGGAAACAUAUUAACAUUUGCCACAGUGAGGGGUGCAGCUCAUAUGGUACCCUAUGCACAGCCGUCAAGGGCUUUGCAUCUGUUCAGCUCAUUUGUCCGCAACCGGAGAUUGCCAAACACAACACGUCCUGCCAUUGACGAUUGACAUGAGCCGCAAACUGGGUCACUGUUGAUUUCGAGUCGUUUUCACAUUUUCUUGAGUUUCCCUAAAGCCAAAGGUUUUCAGCACUAAUAACCAAAGGAAAAAGGACGAACAAAGAUAGAUUUCAAUUUACCUGUGAAAACUCACGGGAGAAUUUUAGUGUUUUUAGUGUAGGAAUUUGUCUUUUAAUUAAUGAAUGCAUUGUUUCCAACUGUGAUUCAAGAACUAAUUGGCUUGAUUGAAUUACUGCCGAUUUAAGCUUUACAUAGCAAAGUGAAUUUCUCAGAUGCAUAUGCUUCUGUAAUUAGAAAUUUGGGUUAGUUGGUGAGACUGAGAUGUCAGCUUUAUCCUCUAACUUUUUCCCCACUGAAAGUUGCUUACAACCUUGUUCAGCUGCCUUGUUCCAUAAGUUCUCCCCACCUGCUUCUUUGCUAAAAUAGUGAAUUCAGUAUGCAAUACAACAUUCUCCAUUUCCCUCCCUCCUAACUAGGUCAUUCAGGACUUCGCUUCGACUAAUCUUCGUAUAUAGGUUGUCUCCCGUCCACCUUAUAUCAUGCAGUUACUGAGGCUAUACGUUAUGUGUUACGCCUAGGGGAAAUGGGAAAUGGAGUGUUGACUACUAGUGCAACGGCAUUUCGGAUCACACUCAUGAGCUCUGGCCAGCGGGCAUAAUGCGGUUUAAACAUGAGCGAAAAGAUGCCACUAGACUUUCUUUCUUUCUUUCUUUUUUGUUGGAGAGUGUCAAUAAAGAUUCCACUAGUCUGAAGCAUUUGUUUCUUUGAUUUUUUGGACAAUUCUCCCAUCAUUCACCGUUAAGCUUGAUUUGUGAGUUUGGCUAUGCUUACAAGUAUAUAGACGUGAUACACAAGGAUUUCCUUUUUUUGCUUCAAUUGGAUUUCCUUUUUUGCUUCAAAAUAGCAAAAAGAAAAGGAUGAAAAAACAAGGAAGCAUGUCUUAGAAUGAGAGUCAAGUCUCAGGAAACUUGGAAGCAUUGUAUACACAACGUAGUCAGAGCCUUACUACAAAUAAGCACUCAAAAACACAGCCUUCUCCACCAGUCCAAAAGCUUGUUCAUUUCAUUCCACAACAUUCAAAUGGCUUCCUCUGACACUAACUUCCCCCAAUUCCCUCCCCCACCACCCCCGGCAGGAAAACCCCCGCCCCCUCCACCGCCUCACAUCCUCCCUCCUCCGCCUCCCCACAUCACUCCCCCACCACCUCCACCAUCACCGGACAACGGUCCGACUGUCAUAGUCAUAAUCUUCAUCUCAUGUGGCGGUAUCUUUUUCCUUGCAUUCCUCGCUAUUGCUAUCUACUGCUUCAUCAAGAAAACAAAGAAGGAGGUUCAAGAAACUGACAUUAUACAUGUCGAUGAACACUUGAAGGUGAAGGAGGGUAUAGUGCAAGGCCCCCACGGAGCGGAAGCGGUAGUGCUAUCGUUGGAGGAUGAUGUGCAUGUUGUGGAAGAGAUAAAGAAAAAUGAGAUGUUUGUUGAAGGAAAGCAUGUUAAAUCAACAGACGAGAUUUCUAGUGCCCUUGAGGAAGGCACAUCCACUUCGAGUUCAAGGCAGCACGACCAUCUGGAGCACAGGCUCUAGUAAUGCAUUGGUUUCUCAAAUGGUUUUGUUAAAACCUGAGGACCUUCUGCCAAUACUAAAUAAUGCCAUGUAGCUAAUAUAAGCUAUUGGAUGGAACAUCUAAUAAUUUGGCUUGUCCAGCCGGCCAAAAUGUUCGACUCCCAUUGAAUUUGUUUGGAAUGUGACUAAUAAACGCAAUGAGUUUGUUUGUAA